AUGGAGGAAAAGGACAAGAAGGACAUCACCGGCUAUCGUCGUCUCACAUUCGCUGGCGUCACAGUGUCGGCGAUAGCGUCGAUGACGUCGAUAAUUAUUGUCCCACUUCUAUUCUCACAUGCACAACGGAUACAGUCGCAACUGGACGUGGAACUGCGUUUUUGUGUAAUGAGCACACAUAAUCUGUUUGACGAACUGUUGAAGGUAGGCGCUGUUGGCUGUGCUAGGUACGAUGAUUGA